AGCUGGGUGGAUUCUUCGCGACGCGCACGUUCAGGCAGCGUAGGCUGCUUACGAGUCGUACAAGUCGCCCUCUCCACGCUCGUGCAAAAAAAGCUGCAUCAGACGCCAUCGAGGCGAGUUUGCAGCACCUGUGACCCCAGCUCCCGGCUCCCCGACGCUACCGAGGCGAGUUUUGCAGCACCCACUUGCAGGAGGCAUCGUGGCGCGCCCACUUGUCCUCCUCCUCGCCACCGCCCACACCGCAGCCGCAUUCCACGGCGCAACACCGACCGUCGCACGACCAGUCCACAAUAGCUCCUGGUAUACGAUGGCCUGGGGCCGCAGCAAAGCGCCAAAGCCCGACGAGGCCACACUCAUCAGUAGUCUGAAGGACGCCGUCAAGGACGAGCCCCAGGAUUCCAGCUUUGUUGUAGAUGACGCCUGCUGCAAGCGCUACCUCCGCGCACGCAACCACGACCUGACGAAGGCUACAAAUAUGCUGCGCGCUACUUUAAGAUGGCGCGCGGCGUAUGGUACGGCGAAUAUCGUAAGGGACAAAUUUCCCAUCAUCGAAAAGGAGGCGGCGACGGGCAAGACGUACGUCGCGCCGGGCCGCGAUAAAGAUGGAAGAGCGACGAUCAUCAUGCGCUCCAAGCACGAGAACACGAAUGACCACGACGGCAACGUGUUGCAUUUAGUGUACCAGAUGGAGCGCGCCGUGAAGGCUUGCGACGCGGAAGAAAAGUGGAACAUCGUCAUCGACUUUAAUGGCUACGCGAAGAACACUCCGUUAAAAACGUCGAAGGCCGUCCUUUCGACGAUGCAAGAUCAUUACCCGGAGCGGUUAAAUAAGGCGUUUCUAGUGGACGCGCCGUGGCUGUUCCUGGGCGCGUUCAAGCUUAUUUCUCCGUUCAUUGAUCCAGUCACCCGAAAGAAAAUAGUCUUCGUCAAGGGCUCGGCCGAAAAAAGAGCUGCCGUGCUGUUGGAGCACUACGAGCUUGAUCAGCUCGAAAAAGCCGUCGGCGGCGCGUCGGACUACGUCUACGACGCCGAGGCGUAUCUAGCCGACGAUCGGGCGGCCUACGAGGCUGCUAAACCGGAGCGCGUGGCGUCGCUCGAGGAGGUGCCCGUCGUCGUCGCGGCGUGA